CAAUUUGAUUUGAGAAUACGCCAUAUUGAACCGUAGGCUUUUGCUAGCUAUUUUCAGCUAGCGGUUUAUAAAGGACCAUUUUUUUUUUAAAUGGUCGUCACUCGGUUCGGCGUUUAGCACUUCUCUCUGUCUGUGUAACCCGGGUUACUAGCACGUUUAUUUCGUCCGGGCACAAGUAUUUUUAACGGGCACAUUGAUUUGCUUGAAAGGGGUUCAGAAAAAUAAGUUGAAUGGAUCCGAGGGUGGCUUGGAUUCAGCCGGAGCAGAAAGGACCUGCGAACGCAUUAUGGAUGCGAGUCUGGGAGACUUCUCAGGUACAAGGAAACCCCGGCCAGCAGCAUCAUCAUCACCAUCAUCAUAAUAAUCAGAAUCACAACCUGUGUGUGAAUUCUCCAGCGAAGGACGUUUUAAAAAAUGUUGCAACCUCGGCAUCUAGCAAAAACAUUGGCAGCAGCAGCACGGUUGGUCUAAGCAGCAGCAGCCAUCACGGUAUUUCAAACGGCACUACUUCUAACCACGGCACUGCAUUCUCUUCCUUCGGGGUAACGUUAGCGAACGGAAACGUGCAUAACGUUAACUCAUUGACCCCGUCUAACGGUAACGGGUUAACGACAGGUUUGGGGGAAGAAGAAAUGCCCCAAAAGACACUUGUUUCGUCUUCAGUGGAAUCUCGAACGGACAGUCCAUCUUCGAACUGCUUUUUAGGAAGGACUAACGGUGGCAAUGUAACUGGAAAUAUGAAUAAAAACGCUGGUGUCAAUCUGUUCUUUAACUUCAGUGAAAGCAUGCAUAAUAAUGUCAACCAUUACCAUCAUCAGAGACAUCAUCAGGAGCCUCAGUACAAUUUCCAACAGAACUGUGUGAAGCGUCACCCGACUCACCCGCCUGCAACCCUAAAUCACCAUACUCACCACCCAGGCCGAAGGAAAAGUGACAACAAGGCGAGCACCUAUGGGAUGAAUUACCUGCUUUCUAACUGGAAUAAUGGCAAUUAUGUUAACUCGGCGACUGGGACGCCCUGGAAAACGAGAAAAUACAGCGCCGGUGUAGAUGGUCUCCAUGAGGAGGUGGUGGAUUUCUACAACUUCAUGUCUCCCCGACCCGAGGAGGCCGCAAUGAGGAAGGAGGUGGUCGACAGGAUCGAGACGGUCAUCAAGGAGCUGUGGCCUACUGCCAGAGUGCAGAUAUUUGGCAGCUUCAGCACUGGGCUCUACUUGCCUACGAGUGACAUAGACCUGGUGGUGUUUGGGAAGUGGGAACGACCACCAUUGCAGCAGUUGGAACAGGCCCUCCGGAAUCACAACGUGGCCGAACCUUCCACCAUUAAAGUGCUGGACAAAGCGUCGGUCCCAAUCAUCAAGCUAACUGACCUGGAGACCGAUGUCAAAGUGGACAUUAGCUUCAAUGUGGAGACAGGAGUUAAAGCUGCUCACUUCAUCAAGGACUACACUAAGAAGUAUCCAGUGCUGCCUUACCUCAUCUUUGUGCUGAAACAGUUUCUGCUCCAGAGAGAUCUCAACGAGGUGUUCACUGGUGGUAUUAGCUCCUACAGCCUUAUACUUAUGGUCAUCAGCUUCCUCCAGCUCCACCCACGCAUUGACGCCAGUAACCCCAGCAUAAACCUCGGCAUCCUGCUCAUUGAGUUCUUCGAGCUGUACGGCCGUCACUUUAACUACCUGAAGACGGGCAUCCGCAUCAAGAACGGCGGGGCGUACAUGGCCAAGGAAGACAUGAUGAAGGUCAUGACCAACGGCUACAGACCCUCCAUGCUUUGUAUAGAGGACCCACUGAUGCCAGGUAACGACGUCGGUAGGAGUUCUUACGGAGCCAUGCAAGUCAAGCAGGUGUUCGACUAUGCUUACAUUGUCCUGGGUCAUGCCGUGACGCCGCUGGCUCGCUCCUACCCCAAUAACCACCUGGACAGCAUUUUGGGGAGGAUAAUCAAGGUUACCCAGGAAGUGAUCGACUACAGGGACUGGAUAAUGAAGAAGUGGGGGUGCAGGCACAUUGCCCGCAUGGAGAGCAGGGGUUCCCCCCCUGAGCAGGAGCCAGCGAGGUGUGUCCUGGGGAGCACCGGGGACGACCAGAGGGACUCUGUGUCUCCCCACAGUCCUGCCGACUCCCCCAUGUCCCUGUCCAGCCCCCACCAACACUCCUCCGCCUCCUCGGUCUCCUCGCUGUCCGGCUCCGACAACGACUCUGAUUCGACGCCUUGCCCAGGCCCGCCCCCGACGCUGCCCCCCUUCCACCUCCAGGCUGUGGGUGUGACGCUGCACCCAGGCCUGGCUCUGGGGAAGCAUCCAGGCAUUAGUCAGCACCACCUCAUGUUGUCCCCUGGCUCUCAGGCGUGUAUGUCUCUGCCCAGUGGCCUGACGAUACACUCGUUACCUGGCAGACAGGUGGGUAUAGACGGGCACCCGCUUCCCCCCUUCUUCCACAUGCCCCCCCCCACCCACCAUAACCCUCAUGCCCACGUCCCCUCCAGCCCCCAGCCUCUGCCCAGCCCCCACCCUGCCAGCGACAUGCACCAGAACGGUCCAAAAUACCCCAUGAAAGGCUCCCACAGUCCUGCUGUGGUCCACAGUCCAGUUCUGGUCAACCGUUCGCACACACACCCCCUGGCGCACACACACUCCAACCCCCAGUACCGCACCCACAGGCGCUGGCGGAAGAGGGACAGCCUGCCAGCCAGCCUCAGCUGAUGAAGGGCCACGUGUCCCCCCUCGCACUCAUCCCACUCCCUUCAUCCUUCUACACCCUCCUCCGCUCUGGCUGAUUGGGAGGACGACUUGAUGAGACGACGCCCCCUGCUGUUUGACGUUAGUAAGGACAGGCAGACUCCAGACCAGCAUUGGGUUUCAUUCAACACUUCCUGGGCUGCAGAACUUAGGCCCCGGAGAAGGCAACCGGUGAAGCUCCACCGAACCUCCCCCUCAAUCACUCAGCCUCUUCCAUCUGUGCAUGUCUUUUAUCCCCCCCCGUGCAAUGAACCAACGGCCAACAAUACAGGAAUGAGUGACGCAGCUAGGAAGGCGAACGCCAGCCCGUCGACCGUGCACUCUGACCCAUGGACUUCUCCACAGCGCUACAGUCUUUCACUUCCUUUUUGGGGAUCUGCAUUUUUCUUUGUCUUGAUGUCUUGUCGUUCACGUUAAAUAUUUGUAUGCAUUUUUUUUUUGUUGCCUUAUUUCACUUAUGUUUGGCGGGACUGAGGACUGUAAACCAGGUGGUCUUUACCAGGUGGGAGUGAGGACUGUAAACCAGGUGGUCUUUACCAGGUGGGAGUGAGAUCCUUUCUUGUGGGAAAUUGUUUAUUUUUUAUAGUGUUCUUGAGCUACCACAACCUUCGUUCUGGAACCGGGCAGCCCAGCUGUCUGUUUUCCCAAGCAACAGACUGUUUCUCAUUUGUGCAAUAAUGUUUUUAUUAUUUUGUUUCUCAUCACCUUUUUAAAGUAAAUGUUUAUUUAAAUGUAUUAUGUAUGUAAAGGUGUUUUGUUUUUUUUCAGAUUGAUGUUUUUAUUUUGCUGUGAGUUUACAGAGCCUUUCCCCAGCUGGCUUCCGCUUUGGAGAGAGUGGGUGGGUGGGUGGGUCUUGAUUGGUUUGUUGAGGCCAACCCCAUCCCAAAGCCUCCUGCCCCAUACUGGUGUCAUAUAGUGCACCCCGGGGAAUCAGAAGCUGAUUCAGACUAUUGAUACUCGUCCUCUGUUUGACGAGUCGAUUGACAUAAAACAGACGCCUCUAGUCUCACUAGAUGUAGUUCUUGCUAUAGCGAACUGACUGAGCUCUUACUCCCACAUCCAUACCAUAGUUGUUUUUAGUCUGUCUCCCCCAACAUUUGUGCCAUUUGCUACUCUGUCCUAGACAGGUCUGCAAACAUCUUAUCAGCUGGAGUUUAGCACAAGUGCAUAUUGUAUGACCCUGGUAAGUGUCUUGUUUGUCAGUCAAAUUUUUUUUAAACAUGUGCAUGGUCGAGUGUGUAAUGGGAGGAGGGGUUUGAUGAAUGGGCAGCCAGACUGACCGCAACUUGAAGGUCAGAGAGUGCUGUGUACUGAUACACUAUCCCACUUCUAGUGCACUUCUUUUGGAGGGGCCAUUUGUCUGGUCUAGGGUCGAACGCUACACGUGGGAUUGGGUUCUGUUUUCAGGCGCCCCCCAAAACACUAGGUGUUCUAAAGGGCGUUUCCUCUUUGCAGAAGAAGUGGCUGGGCCUUCCAGAACCCGGAACCGAGGAGGAAAGGGAAUUAUUUUGAUUCCAUUCGGGAAUCUUGUGUAUAUUUGAUUGCCAGGUACUUCUGCUAGUUGUUUUCAAUUACUUGUUUUGUGUUUACUUCUGUGUGUGUGGGUGUACGUGUACACAUAUCUGCAGGCAUAUGCACACGCGCUCACGCAGACAAGGCUGUGGCUGGGGCUGUGUGUGGUAGCUACACACUGAACAUACAGUGUUAUUACUAUGCAAGUGGGUUCUUUUCAUGUCACCCCAGUAUUUGUUUCCAAUGACAACCACUGCUUGUCGGGUGGAUGCGAUCGUAAACUAGAGUUUGAAUGACUAGGUCUGUGUGGUCAGUGGGCUCCGUGGACCACAAAUGUCUGUGUGGAAGUGUUUUUUUUUUUUAAUUGGCUCUAGUAUGUCUGUCAAAGUCUAUGGAAGGGGGCGUGUCACUGGUUGAGUAUCUGUGUGUAUGAGGGGAUAUCAACACUUGGUGUGUUUCAAAUGACCCCCUAUGUUCUGGUCUUUGCUGAUGAGCCAGACCGCAGGCUAUACUAGUGCCUGAUGAAGGGGUUUGUGUCAUUUGGGACUCAACCACUUGAUGCCCCACUACUGUUUUAAACUGUCAUCCACAUGAAGUGCGGCUUCUGCUCUGUAGUGGAUGACUUCUUCCCCUCCCUAGGGCCUUAUGGUCUUAUACAGUUACUGGGACUGAGUUAGGAGCCAAUGUCACUUAAUGGAAUUUUACUAUAGCAACUUUGACCCGCCAAUCAAAACUCAAUAUGGCCAAAGCAUUGCUUUAUCACUAUUUUUCUUUUCUUUUCUUUUUUUUUGCAUGGUUGUUGGUCCCAAAUGAAACCCUGCUAUGUGUGUGGUGCCGUAUAGAGCUGUAUGGUCUGAGAGGAAGUGGCGCUGUACAGGGAACAGGGAGGCAUUUGGGACUGGGCCGUGUCUGCUUUUAGAGAAUAGAACCAGCAUCUGUCAGAGAGAAGAGGUUUAACACUUCCUGGGUUGGCAUUAACCAACCUGUCAAUGGCCUCGAUUUUUACAGAUUCUAGAAAGACUGAUAUGCAGUGUGAAGUCUGUAUGGAUUUUACUUUGUGAAUCCCAAUAGUCUUCAGGCCACUUCUCCGAUUCCUUGUACUUUAUCUGACCUGGAUGGUACGGAUACAAGUGAAUAUACAAUUUAGUUCUUAUCGUGAUGACCACAGAUCAGGGCGAGAUGAGCAGAGAAAGGCUCUUCAGACUAUUGGGAACAGGACACUUGCAGAUGCAAUGUAACGCACCCCAUUGUGUCGCAGUGAGGGAUUUUAAACUUAAUGGUUGCCAUUUUGUGAACGGUGGCGGCUCCUCUGUCCUGGUCGACUCAUCUGAGCAGGAACUCUUAAAAUGGCUGCCUAAUUGGUGACGGUCAUGGGGAGCGAAUGCCUGGCUUUUGUUUUGAACAUUUUUAUGUACCGGUAUAUUUUUUUCUAUUUUAUUUUUUAAUAAACAUCUUAAAACUGCCAA